CAAAUUUAUGAUUUGUUUUGUAUGACUGCAUGGUAUGUGAAUAUAUCUCAAUAAGAUGAAUUUUAAAAAAGGCAGCUGGGUAAUGAAGGGGAAGAUUAGGAAAAGAUUGGGAGAUAAUGCAGGAAAUUCAGGAAAGAAAUUGACAGUAACUAAAUAAGCAUUAAAAAGAAAUAGAAUUGCUUUUCGAUCCGCCAUCUGUGAUGGAGCCGCCACCAAGAUGCAGAUUUUCGUAAAAACUCUGACAGGAAAGACCAUCACUCUUGAGGAUGAACCCUCGGAUACAAUAGAAAAUGUGAAAGCCAAGAUCCAGGAUAAGGAAAGAAUUCCUCCUGUUCAGCAGAGACUGAUCUUUGCUGGCAAGCAACUGGAAGAUGGACGUACUUUGUCUGACUACAACAUUCAAAAGGAGUCCACUCUUCGUCUUGUGUUGAGACUUCGUGGUAGUGCUAAGAAAAAGAAGAAGUCUUACACUACUCCCAGGAAGAAUAAGCAUAAGAGAAAGAAGGUUAAGCUGGCUGUCCUGAAAUACUAUAAGGUGGAUGAGAAUGGCAAAAUUAGUUGCCUUUAUUGGGAGUGCCCUUCAGAUGGAGGUGGUACUGGAGUUUUACAGUCAGCCACUUUGACAGACAUUACUGUGGCAAGUGUUGUCUGACUUACUGCUUCAACAAACCAGAAGACAAGUAAUUAUGUGUGGAUUAAUAAAAAACAUGAACUAAGGAAAAAAAAAAGAAAGAAAGAAAUAGAAUUUAUCCCAAGAAAAACAGCUUUAAUCUCCAGAAGAAAACCAAAAUCCCAUGGGAUUUAUGCUGUAUUGACAUCUUCACUAAACAUACAGUAUCAUAGUAAUUUAUUGUGGGCAACAUGACCAGAGAGAAGAUUUUUGUCAUGAUUUAAAAUACACUAACACACUACUGUUGGUUAAAUUUAAACAUGUUUUACCUGCAGAAAUUCUCACACAUAACCUGCAAUAACUUUAAAUGCAUACCCUUUUGAACACUUCCUUUUCUCAUGUAUAAACAGUUUGCUGCAUUUUGCAAAAUGUCAGUUCUCCAAAAAUGUGUCCAUAUAUUUCUGUACCUACAGUGUAGGAAAGGUUUAGAUGAAAUCCGUUAAUUAUAGUGGCAUACUGUCACUUAGGUUUCAAGCAGCAAAAUAAACAAUGCAGCUCAGAAAUUGUAGUUUGGUUCUUGAUGUGUUUUUAUUACACUUGGGGUUUUUGUUUUGUUUUUUAGUACCUUAGAGAUUUCAAAUUACUUUAUCUUUAGUUAAUGAUUUUAA